AUUAUGGAUGAGGAGAAUGAGGUGAAGAAGCCUUCUGAAGUUGCAGAUAGAAGCUUAAUAGACUUGGUCUUCUCUUGGUCUCUGAGGAAUGUUCUCGACAGAGAUCUUUACAAACACCAGGUGACCGAAAUUCCAAAGACAUUUUCGACAGUGGCGAGUUACAUGAAGUCAUUCAUUCCUUCACUUAUUGAGGAAACACAUGCUGAUUUACUCUCAAGCAUGAUGGCUAUUUCGGAGGCACCUAUUUGUGAGAUUCUGACGGUUGAAACUUCUAACCAUCAUAAGGCUCCCAAAGACUUGUUCUAUGAAAUUAAAGUUAGGAAGACGAGAGAAACCAAAAUUAAUGCAGGAAAAUAUGAGCCACAGGUUGGAGAUAUCUUUGCCUUGACUAAUAUUAGACCAAAAUGCAUUGAUGAUUUGAACAGGCCGGGAAAUUUCUAUCUUAUUGCAUAUGUUCUCGGAUCGAAAGAUGACAGCUCAGACAAGAUCCCAAUACUCUCAUCAAAGCCUAUCAGUGGAGAAGGAUACUGUUGUGCCCCGGAAAUUAAACUGCCCCAAAUAAACAACGAAUUGACCCAUGUCAAUUUUGGUUCAAACAGAUUCAAGCAAAUACAGAGCAAGAGAGAAACACUGUUUGCUGUCUAUUUGAUGAACAUGAUCACAAAUGUUCGUGUAUGGAACGCAUUGAACUCAGAACAGGCAAACACAAAUAUAAUUAAGAAUGUGCUGAAAGUGCAACCCACUUCACCAGAUGGUGAGAAUUCUUGCACAAUUUGUUUUUCCAAACAAAUAUACUCCCUUGCCCUUUCUAGAAAAUGGUCCAAAAUGUGCUCUGAUCUAAAUGAUUCCCAAAAGGCUGCAGUUUUAAACUGUAUCAGUUUGAGCAAUUGUCAUCACCAUAAUGCCAUAAAACUAAUAUGGGGGCCUCCAGGAACUGGAAAAACCAAGACUGUCGGUAUGUCACUCUUUACCCUCUUUAAGCUGAAGUGCAGAACACUAACAUGUGCUCCAACCAAUACUGCUGUAAAAUUGGAUGAAAGUGUAAAACUUUUAAUAAUUAUGGAUGAGGAGAAUGAGGUGAAGAAGCCUUCUGAAGUUGCAGAUAGAAGCUUAAUAGACUUGGUCUUCUCUUGGUCUCUGAGGAAUGUUCUCGACAGAGAUCUUUACAAACACCAGGUGACCGAAAUUCCAAAGACAUUUUCGACAGUGGCGAGUUACAUGAAGUCAUUCAUUCCUUCACUUAUUGAGGAAACACAUGCUGAUUUACUCUCAAGCAUGAUGGCUAUUUCGGAGGCACCUAUUUGUGAGAUUCUGACGGUUGAAACUUCUAACCAUCAUAAGGCUCCCAAAGACUUGUUCUAUGAAAUUAAAGUUAGGAAGACGAGAGAAACCAAAAUUAAUGCAGGAAAAUAUGAGCCACAGGUUGGAGAUAUCUUUGCCUUGACUAAUAUUAGACCAAAAUGCAUUGAUGAUUUGAACAGGCCGGGAAAUUUCUAUCUUAUUGCAUAUGUUCUCGGAUCGAAAGAUGACAGCUCAGACAAGAUCCCAAUACUCUCAUCAAAGCCUAUCAGUGGAGAAGGAUACUGUUGUGCCCCGGAAAUUAAACUGCCCCAAAUAAACAACGAAUUGACCCAUGUCAAUUUUGGUUCAAACAGAUUCAAGCAAAUACAGAGCAAGAGAGAAACACUGUUUGCUGUCUAUUUGAUGAACAUGAUCACAAAUGUUCGUGUAUGGAACGCAUUGAACUCAGAACAGGCAAACACAAAUAUAAUUAAGAAUGUGCUGAAAGUGCAACCCACUUCACCAGAUGGUGAGAAUUCUUGCACAAUUUGUUUUUCCAAACAAAUAUACUCCCUUGCCCUUUCUAGAAAAUGGUCCAAAAUGUGCUCUGAUCUAAAUGAUUCCCAAAAGGCUGCAGUUUUAAACUGUAUCAGUUUGAGCAAUUGUCAUCACCAUAAUGCCAUAAAACUAAUAUGGGGGCCUCCAGGAACUGGAAAAACCAAGACUGUCGGUAUGUCACUCUUUACCCUCUUUAAGCUGAAGUGCAGAACACUAACAUGUGCUCCAACCAAUACUGCUGUGUUAGAAGUUACGGCGAGACUCCUGAGGUUGGUUAAUCAGUCUCUUAAUUAUGGAAAGUAUGGACUAGGAGAUAUAAUUCUAUUUGGGAAUGUGGAGCGGAUGAAGAUCGAUAAGUAUAACGACCUUUUUGAAGUAUUUCUUGAUACUCGUCUUGAUAUUCUGUCUAAGUGUCUUGCCCCUUUGUCUGGUUGGAAACACUGGUUAGAAUCCCUGAUAGGUCUACUUGAGGAUCCACAGCUACACUACAUGUUGUAUGUAAAGCGAAAGAGGGAAAAACACAAUAAGGAUGAUGACCAAGAUGAUAACUCAACAAGUGAUGAUGAGAAUCAUCUUUUGACGUUUGAUGAGUUUGUGAAGAAAAAAAUUGUGUACUUUAGUGAGCAGCUGGAAACUUGUAUGGUAAACAUGUACACCCACUUGCCAACAUCUUGCAUUUCACUUGAGGUUGUGAAGGACAUGAUUACAGUUUUGGAUUUGCUUACGUUGAUUAAAUCUAUAAUGUAUUGGGCUAGUGUUGCUAAUCACAGGUUACGAUUACUUCUUGAAGAAUAUUGCACUCAAAUUCUUAAGUCCCUUCGUGCAUUUUCUGUUCCAAAUUUGAAUGACCGACAAACAAUAAGAAAUUUGUGCUUGGCAAAUGCUUGUUUAAUAUUUUGUACUGCGUCAAGCUCUGCAAAAUUGCACACUAAAGGAAUGGCACCUCUGGAAAUGUUAGUGAUUGAUGACGCGGCUCAGCUGAAAGAAUGUGAAUCAGCAAUUCCCUUACAACUACCUGGUCUUCGCCAUGCUAUUCUCAUAGGAGAUGAGAUGCAACUCCCUGCUAUGGUUAAAAGCAAGCUCUCCGAGAAUGCUGAAUUUGGAAGAAGUUUGUUCGAAAGACUUGUACUGUUAGGCCACAAGAAGCUCCUUCUCAAUGUCCAGUAUAGGAUGCAUCCUUCGAUCAGCAUGUUUCCGAAACAGGAGUUUUACAACAAUCAGAUAUUAGAUGGUCCAAAUGUCAACCAAGUUAGCUAUGCCAAGUCCUUUAUUGACGGCAGAAUGUACGGGCCGUACUCCUUUAUAAAUGUAGCCAAUGGAAAAGAAGAAUUUGAUCGUGGGCAUAGUCUGAAAAACAUGGUUGAGGUUGCCGUGGUAUAUGAGAUUGUUUCAAGCCUUUACAAAGAAUUUACUCGAACAAAAAAGAAGGUUAGUGUUGGGGUAAUAUCGCCUUACAAUGCUCAAGUUAAUGCAAUUCAAUUGAGAGUCAGAAACUACAGCGAAGUUUCUGGCACAGAUUUCUCUGUACGUGUGCGAUCUGUUGAUGGAUUCCAAGGUGGUGAAGAGGAUGUUAUAAUUAUCUCCACUGUCAGAUGUAACUGGAAUGGAUCUGUAGGUUUCCUCUCCGAUUGUCAACGAGCAAAUGUGGUGCUAACUCGUGCGAGGUAUUGCCUUUGGAUAUUGGGGAACGAAGCCACAUUGACAAACAGUAACUCAAUUUGGAAGAAGAUAAUUCUUGAUGCGAAGAAACGUGAUUGUUUCUAUAAUGCUGAUGAUGACAAGAACUUGGCUCAGGCUAUUGCAGCAGCACGUCUAGAUCUUAACCAAACAGUGUGUGCAGCAGCAGGAGCAGAGCAAUUUACCUGAUGUAAAGAAGCAUGUCUCUGUUGGUCUUUAAUUUCUUGAUGCAGCAAUUCAGUGAAACAAUUAUCGAAAUAUAUGAACCAUUUUUUAUUACUUGAUAGCUUCCGUUGGUGUUUUUUUUUUGGUUGAAAGUUCCUUCU